AUGACGACUCCUUCGAGGAAGAGAUUGAUGAGGGACUUCAAGAGGCUGCAGCAGGACCCUCCUGCUGGUAUUAGCGGUGCUCCCCAAGAUAAUAAUAUACUACUAUGGAAUGCUGUCAUAUUUGGGCCGGAUGACACCCCAUGGGAUGGAGGUACGUUUAAGUUGACACUUCAGUUCACUGAGGAUUAUCCAAACAAGCCGCCAACAGUGCGGUUUGUCUCCAGAAUGUUCCAUCCAAAUAUCUAUGCAGAUGGGAGCAUUUGCUUGGACAUCCUACAAAAUCAGUGGAGUCCUAUUUAUGAUGUCGCUGCAAUACUCACAUCAAUCCAGUCUUUGCUUUGCGAUCCAAACCCAAACUCGCCAGCAAAUUCAGAAGCCGCAAGGAUGUUCAGCGAGAACAAGCGCGAGUACAAUCGAAGAGUGCGGGAGAUUGUUGAGCAGAGCUGGACUGCCGAUUAG